AUGGAUAUUCGCACAAUAACAGAAGAAUCGGUAACAGGACAACUGGAAUCAACGAAGUCUACCGAAAAAACAAAGGCAUCACAGGCAAAUCAAUUGGAACGUUUAGAGCCAGACUUGGCAUCUAACCAGCAAAGUCAAUAUGCCAAUAUUCUACAACAACAACAACAACCACAACCUCAACCUAGCCCACCACUGUCUAAUGGAAACGACAAGAUCAGUAAUCAAGGAUCAACAGAAUCACCUUCACCUUACUAUCCAAAUCCGCAGAAACCGCAAAUAAACAGCGAUGAAGUUGCCAAUAGUUAUAAUUCCGACCACGAGGCGCAUAAUCUAAACAAACCAAAGAGACAAAGAAGAAGCUACAGCUGUGGGCCAUGCAAAAUGUUGAAGAUCAAGUGUGAUUUACAGAUUCCUUGUACCUCAUGCAAGAAGUUCAAGCGUGUUAAUAGGUGUUUAUUACAGCCGCCUCAGCCUCCUUCACAAGAAGAGCUCAGCAAAAUCAAAGAAAGGAAGAAAAGAACCAUGCAUAAACGGUUGAAGACCUCCAAUGACAUUGUACACGCAUUCAAUGACAACCAAAACUCUAUUCCCUCGUUGCUUUCAUCUAUUCAAUCGAGUACAAAACUUUUGGAGCAACAUCUGAGAUCUUUUCUUGAUCAUGGCGUAAACCAACAGCUCCAGCGUUCAGGCAGUAAUGACAACUAUAGUUCGUCUCACAUACGACAAUCACACUUUUCUAGCUUGCAACCAGAGACAAAUAAUAGUUUGUCUACGCAUCCUAUAUCCCACAUAACUUCGAAUUAUGAUGGCCAAGCUCAAACAAAAUUUUCUGUCGAGAAUGCUCAACCACAAGGAGAUUUGAUUAACACAUUACUUUCUCGGGAUUACCAAAAGACUAUUGAAUUAAGUAUGGUGGAUGUCAAGCGUAUCAAAAGGUUAUUGCCCAGUAAGUUUGAAGCAAUCGAGCGCCUUUUUCAAUUAUACAUCAAAACGAUAAAUCCAGUUUUUUUAGAUACCCAAGAUCAUGACGAAAUCAUGCGAGUGGGAAGAAUCGUCUACGAGAAAUUGGUAUCGAUUGAUGAUGAGAAUGUGAAAAAUUUAAGUAAGAGUGUUGAGUUCAACUUCGUUGAAUUGAGAAAUUUAUCGCUAAUUUUUCUCAUACUUGCAAGUGGAUUCUUGUUUGAGAAGGUGGAUAAUAUAUCGUGUAAUUUUUUAUUUGAUUUGAGAACAAUUUAUAAAGACGAUUUGAUCGAGGACUGGGUCAAAAUUGCAAAGUUUAUCAAGUUGAAAGUAUUGUCUUAUGAGUCUUUGACGGACUUGAUUUACUUGAUGGAUUGGUACUUCAUUAUAAAGAAUUUAUACACUUACGAUAACACAAUCAUUGAAAAUUAUUUGGAAUUUAACAACUUGUUGAACUAUCUAGUGUUGAAUAACGAUUUCAUUGCGUUGAUUGAGGAUAUUGGUGCAGAGGUAUCGAGUCAGGACAACACUCCACAGCCUCAGGCUGAAGGAAGACCAAAUUACGAUGAGACGAGACGAAGAGCUUACCCAAAAUCGAGAGAAUUCCGGGUACUAGGCAAGUAUUGGAUUCAAUUAAGAAUGAUUGAAUUAGAGUUUACAUUUUUUCAAUACAAGGGGUCAAUGUUGGUGUCUAAUCAAUUGAAGAACUCCAUUGUCCCACACGCAGAUGUAUUGGAUAGCAUGUAUGGUCCAAAUGGUGCAUUUGCUAACUCUCCUUUAACAAGACACCAAGUAGCAAUAUGGAGUCUCUACUAUACAAGAUCGGGCCAAUCGACAUCAAUUAGGCGCAUCGUAAAGGACUACUUGGAGUUGUACAGCAAUGCGUCAUUAUUACUUAAGGAUGAUUUGAAACAAGUCGAAGCCAAGUUCAACAACGUGGGUGAGUAUGGGCCAGAGCCACAGGUUACUAUUCGAGAUGUGGAGACGUUGUUAAAAAAUCAACAAAUUUUACUUUUAUUUGUCAGGUGGUUAUCAUUUAUACGUAUUGAGUCUAAUUACUUUCCAAGCUUGAGAUACUCGUCCUUUUUGACAACCAUGAUGAAUUUGAACAACCAUUUUAAUCUUCUUGAUGAAUAUUACAAGGGUGAAGGAAAAGGAGACAACUUGGUUGAUUUUGUACUUUCAAAAUUUGCCUUGCAUUUUAUAAAGUCUUUUUUACAGUGUUUGACAUAUCAAGCGUUGUUUUUGAUAUUCUUAAAGUACGCACUUCUUCAAAGCUCAAGAAGAAACAAUUUUGCGUUCAAGAUUCGUUUGGAUGAGAUAUACCAGCAAGUCCUUAGCUCAUUUCAAUUGACGUUGAAUAAGUUUGUUGUUAGCCCUAAAAUGAAGGAGUACUACACCUAUAUUCCUGUAUUUCGUGUUAAUGUCAGUUUUUUGAUCGAUGCUAAUCAUGUACUUAAGGAAGAGCCAACAACAAUGCAACAGCAGCGUGAUGUCGACUCAAGAAAGCAUAAAGCACCGUUUGAAUUUCAAGAUUUGACCGAUUUAAUGUACCAAUUGAAGCUGGAAUGCAACCCAGAGCAUUGGGAGUUUCUCACAGAUGUUUAUUUCGGAUCAAAAGACAAUUUUUUCAGGUAUGUUGAAAAGGUAUGGGAUUUGUUUGAAUUUUUAUUGAGCGAUGCUCCUACACCUGGUGAUGGUCCAGGAGCACAAUUGACCAAGGACAUGGUAAUAACAAACACCUUGAAAUUUAAUGAUGAAUUUGUUAACCACCAUAAGGACAAAUUAAUGGGGUUAGUGUUUGAUCACAAUGAUGUGGAUGAGUAUAUGAAGCUCAAUACCGAGCCCAAUAUCGAUGAUUAG